AUGAACAUACCGCAGCGUCAAUUUAGCAAUGAGGAAGUCAACCGCUGCUAUUUAAGAUGGCAACAUUUAAGAAAUGAACACGGGAUGAAUGCUCCAAGCGUACCGGAGUUCAUUUACCUGACUAAAGUGCUACAGUUUGCUGCCAAGCAACGACAAGAAUUACAAAUGCAACGCCAACAGCAAGGUGUUUCAGUUUCCCAGCAGAACAUUGUCCCAAAUUCUUCAGAUCAAGCAGAACUUCCGAACGCUACUUCCUCACACAUUUCAGCUUCAGCUUCCCCACAUUUAGCUGCGAAUAUGCAAUUGAAUGGCAAUGAGUCUUUUAGCACUUCUGCUCACCAAUCGCCAACCAUGCACACACAGAUGCCGUUAAAUAGCAGUGUUGGUAACAACAUGCUACCACAACGGCAGUCUUCAGUUGGUUCACUGAAUGCAACAAAUUUUUCACCACCGCCAGGCAACAACGAGGAAAGUGUUGCGGAGAAGCCCGAUAACUCAAGCCACAAUAACUUCAGUCUUAAUGCAUCUGAACCGCAGUCCCAAAACCAAUCAUUGCAGGAGCAACAUCACAUCCAAGAUUCAAAUUUGGUAUCGGGUUCGCAGAUAAAUUCUCCGAUGCCUCAGCAAGCUCAAAUGCAACAAGCACAGUUUCAAGCACAACAAUCACAACAAGGCCAAAAUUUUCAGGCAAGACCACAGCAAGGGAGAAGGUUACCCAUGACAAUGUUCACUGCCGAGCAGUCCGAAUUGCUGAAGGCUCAGAUUACAUCCUUAAAAUGUUUGGUGAAUAGAAAACCUAUUCCAUUUGAAUUUCAAGCUGUUAUCCAAAAAUCCAUCAAUCAUCCGCCAGACUUCAAAAGAAUGUUACUAUCUUUGAGUGAGUUUGCUAGAAGAAGACAACCUGUAGAUCAAAUCAAUCAAUUAGAUCAUAGUAGCAACGAUACGCAAAAAACUCGUGUUAACGCGCAUCAUACUGGUACAAACACUGAUCACGUGUCUGAAGUAACAAAAAAUGCGCCUUUGGAUAGCAAUAAUGAGACUAUUGCAUCUGUUUCACCAGCUGGUGCCUCUAAUAAACAUAAUCAAAAAAGUAGUCCACUUGAUGAAAAUACACAAAAUGUAGGUGGCACUCCUAUGGCGCAUACGGGAUCAAAGAAAGAAGAAAAAGAAAGUGUGCCAAAAGAAGCUAAAACAAUACCCAAUAGUGACCAAAUUCCCAUUGAACAAAAAAAACCGCCAGAACCACAAAAGCCCGUUCCUUUAAAUAUUCUCCAACAGCAAUAUGAAGAAGGUAUAAGAGUAGUAGAUAUAGACGAUCCUGAUAUGAUGGUCGAUUCUUUCACAAUGCCAAAUAUCUCCCGUGAGAGUACUGAUUACCAGACUUUACUAGCUAAUUCAGGUCAUGGAAAGUUCACUAUUGAACCUGGCGUUUUGCCGGUUGGAAUUGACACACACACUGCUACUGAUAUUUACCAAACAUUAAUCGCUUUAAAUCUUGAUACUACGGUGAACGACUGUCUGAAUAAACUGUUGAAUGAUGAAUGUUCUGAAUCAAUCAAGGAAGAUGCACUCUAUGAUUAUUAUGCAUUGCAAUUGUUACCGCUACAAAAAGCUGUAAGAGGUCAUGUGCUGCAAUUUGAAUGGCACCAAAACUCUUUAUUAACUAAUACACAUCCAAAUUUUCUUUCCAAGAUAAGAAACAUUAACAUUCAAGAUGCAUUACUAACAAAUCAGCUAUAUAAGAAUCAUGAAUUAUUAAAGCUAGAAAGAAGGAAGAUCGAAGCGGCGGCAAAAUUAAAGUCAAUGAAUAGAUCUGCAAUCAAUCAAUACAAUAAAAGACAAGAUAAAAAGAACAAACGGCUGAAAUUUGGUCAUAGGCUUAUCGCCACCCACACUAAUUUAGAAAGAGAUGAACAAAAGAGAGCCGAAAGAAAGGCUAAAGAACGUUUACAGGCCUUGAAGGCGAAUGAUGAGGAAGCGUAUAUAAAAUUAUUAGACCAGACCAAGGAUACGAGAAUUACGCAUCUUUUAAGGCAAACGAACGCAUUUCUAGAUUCCUUAACAAGAGCCGUGAAAGAUCAACAAAAAUACACUAAAGAAAUGAUCGACUCUCAUAUAAAGGAAACGUCAGAGGAGGUGGACGAUCUAUCUAUGGCACCAAAGAUGAAGGAUGAAGAAUACGAUGAUGAAGAAGAUAGUCUUAACGUCGACUAUUACAAUGUUGCACAUAGAAUUAAAGAAGAUAUUAAGAAACAACCUUCAAUUCUGGUUGGUGGUACACUAAAAGACUACCAAAUUAAAGGAUUACAGUGGAUGGUCUCCCUUUUUAAUAACCAUUUAAAUGGUAUAUUAGCAGACGAAAUGGGUCUUGGUAAGACCAUUCAGACAAUUUCCUUACUUACGUAUUUAUAUGAGAUGAAGAAUAUCCGUGGGCCAUAUCUGGUCAUUGUUCCUUUAUCUACGUUAUCAAAUUGGAGCAGUGAAUUCGCCAAAUGGGCUCCAACUUUGAGAGCCAUUUCGUUCAAAGGCUCACCAAAUGAAAGAAAAGCUAAACAGGCUAAGAUUAAAGCCGGUGAAUUUGAUGUAGUUUUGACCACAUUUGAGUAUAUUAUCAAAGAAAGAGCACUGUUAUCUAAAGUUAAAUGGGUUCAUAUGAUUAUUGAUGAAGGGCAUAGAAUGAAAAACGCACAAUCCAAGCUUUCCUUAACUCUAAACACACAUUACCAUGCCGACUAUAGGUUAAUUUUGACUGGUACACCCCUUCAGAAUAACUUGCCGGAAUUAUGGGCUUUACUAAACUUCGUAUUGCCGAAGAUUUUCAACUCUGUGAAAUCUUUUGAUGAGUGGUUCAAUACUCCUUUUGCCAACACUGGUGGACAAGACAAAAUUGAACUAAGUGAGGAAGAAACCCUUUUGGUUAUUAGAAGAUUACAUAAAGUUUUACGACCCUUUCUGUUACGUCGUUUAAAAAAAGAUGUGGAAAAAGAGCUUCCGGAUAAAGUUGAAAAAGUAGUGAAGUGCAAAAUGAGUGCUUUGCAACAAAUCAUGUAUCAGCAAAUGUUGAAAUAUCGUCGUCUUUUCAUUGGUGAUCAAAAUAAUAAGAAAAUGGUAGGUUUAAGAGGUUUCAAUAAUCAAAUUAUGCAACUUAAAAAAAUCUGUAAUCACCCUUUUGUAUUUGAAGAAGUUGAGGAUCAAAUAAAUCCCACAAGAGAAACAAAUGACGAUAUUUGGCGUGUUGCAGGUAAGUUUGAACUGUUAGAUAGAAUUUUACCAAAACUUAAGGCAACAGGUCAUCGAGUAUUAAUAUUUUUUCAAAUGACCCAAAUUAUGGAUAUCAUGGAAGAUUUUUUGAGAUACAUCAAUAUCAAGUAUCUGAGACUAGAUGGUCAUACGAAAUCAGAUGAGCGUAGUGAAUUAUUACGCUUGUUUAACGCACCAGAUUCAGAAUACUUGUGUUUUAUCCUGUCGACAAGAGCAGGUGGUCUGGGAUUGAAUUUGCAAACUGCAGACACCGUCAUUAUUUUUGACACCGACUGGAAUCCACAUCAAGAUUUACAAGCGCAGGAUAGGGCGCAUAGAAUAGGCCAAAAGAAUGAAGUUAGAAUUUUAAGGCUGAUUACUACAAACUCUGUCGAAGAAGUUAUUCUAGAAAGAGCUUAUAAGAAACUGGAUAUUGAUGGCAAGGUUAUUCAAGCAGGUAAAUUUGAUAAUAAGUCUACAUCAGAGGAACAAGAAGCUUUACUCAGAUCUUUGCUAGAUGCCGAAGAAGAACGUAGAAAAAAAAGAGAAUCUGGUGUUGAAGAAGAAGAGGAAUUGAAAGAUACAGAGAUUAAUGAAAUACUUGCUCGUACUGAUGAAGAAAUGGUUACCCUUGCGAAAAUGGAUGAAGAUAGAUCAAAGAAGGAGGAAGAGUUAGGAGUGAAGAGCCGUCUUUUAGAAAAGAACGAAUUACCCGAUAUUUAUAGUAGAGAUAUUGGUGCUGAGCUUAAACGUGAAGAAUCAGAAUCUGCUGCUGUUUACAAUGGAAGGGGUGCAAGAGAACGUAAGACAGCAACUUACAACGAUAAUAUGUCUGAAGAACAAUGGUUAAGACAAUUCGAAGUUAGCGAUGAUGAAAAAAAUGACAAGAAAGCAAGGAAACAAAGAACAAAGAAGGAAGAAAAAAGCGAAACAGUUGAUGGGGACGCAGAAGUCAAAGACGAAUACAUUGACGUUGAUAAUGAAGAUCCUAGAAACAACCAUAAUUUAACUGAAGAUCAAUUAGGUACAGACUUGACCAUAGAUGACGAUGAAUAUCUAGCUAAAAAAAGAAAGGCGGGAAGACCUCGUGGGAGACCUAAGAAAGUUAAGCUUGAGGCUUCUGAAAAUGCUGGACCAUCAGCACUCGAAUCAAGCCCGGUUACCGGCGAUAAUUCACCAAGUGAGAGUUUUAUGGCCAUUCAGAAACCACAUACAGCUGGAAAAACAUCUGUUAAAUCAGCGAGAACCUCAGCAAGAGGUCGUGGACGGGGUCGAGGCCGUGGACGAGGUCGUGGACGAGGUCGUGGAAGACCACCAAAAGCAAGAAACGGCCUUGAGUAUGUCCGUACUCCCGUUGCCGCGACCAGUCCUCUUGAUAUUAGAGAAAAGGUCGCUAAGCAAGCUUUAACAUUAUACGAAUUUGCCCGUAAUUAUGAAAAUGAAGCUGGAAGGAGACUUUCCGACAUUUUUCUCGUAAAACCGUCCAGAGCCCUAUAUCCUGAUUAUUAUAUUAUCAUUAAGUAUCCAGUAGCCUUUGAUAAUAUCAACACACAUAUUGAAUCUUUGGCCUAUAACUCACUAAAAGAGACACUCCAAGAUUUUCAUUUAAUAUUCUCUAAUGCCAGAGUAUACAACACUGAAGGUUCGAUAGUGUAUGAAGACUCUUUGGAAUUGGAAAAAGCUGUUACCAAAAAAUUCCACGAGAUAAUGGAUGAUGACGUGCCGCUCGACUUUACUGAAUUUGAUGAACAGUAUGGCACUAAGCCGCUCGUCUUGUCUCCUAUUGUUGCUUCAAGCAUGACAGAAGCUCUUACAGAUGAAGCAGACUCCAGUAUGACGGAAGGAAGUAUAUAA